AUGAAUAGCUACUCUACUAUCGGAGUGCUACCAGUCGUCCGUCUACUUACACUGCACAAGUCAAAAUUAAGCAGCCACUCGUGUCUCCGCGGAGCUUACCACCCACUAGAGCUGCCGACAACCGGACAACCUGCUCCAGGUCUCCCAUCAAAGGGAUUAUGUGACACCGGGAGUAUUUGUGAACCCCUUUACUACACCCUCGCCGGAACUCAACAAGUGCACUCUCCCUGCGGGGAAAACAACCUCUGCUGUAGUGACCAAUCAGUGUCUUGA